CAGGACCAUGUCAUACUCGCGAGGUGACCCACGGUCACUACCUUGUGGGAGGAGAGAUAUACUAUGCUGAUCAGUACUUUACGAACGAGACAGUUGUAACGACUGCGUGUAAGGAGGGUUACAUUGCUUCUCAACCGACUGUCAGGUGUCUUGAGUCUAUGUUUUGGGAGACUUUCUCGUGCACCAAAGCGGGAGGACUUUGCAAAGUGCUAUCCCUCAAAAAUGGUCAAUACAGUGACCUAAAUGGAACAGUCUAUGCUGCAGGGUCGCCAGUUCAAGAAACUUUGGAACUCACCCCAAAUUGCAGAACUAACUAUGAAAUCAACAAAGUCGGCAGUUUUACUUGCAAAGAUACAACAACCAUCAGCUGCAACAAGAAGAAAGACUCGUGUCCGAAACUACCGCUCACCUCCCACCAAGUAUCGUGUCACGUUUUCAAGGAAACUACACUGUACACGUGCACAAUGACGUGUUUGCUGGACUACUACAUUAUCAGUACAAACGAAGGUACAGCGAGCAUGACUCAGUCUCAGAGCAUCUCUUGUAACUCUGUUACUGAUACAUGGUCCCAUCAGAGUACUGCCGGGGAUAUCAGAUGGGACACUUGUUCACCAAGUGUACCAGCUUCAAAACACUCGCUGUCAGUAAAUCUAACACUGACCGGAGGAUCGUGCCCUGGUAACACCACUCAACUCGACUCCGCACUCAGCACGUGGUUAAAAGCGCAGGAUGACGGCGCGUACACGUGCUUCAAAGAUAGCACGUGCUAUAUUGGAAAUGGGAGUCAGUGUAAAGGAGAUGGCAGUGGUGUUGUUUACAGCUUUAAUUUGUUGCAGUCUAAGAAAGUUGACUCCAAUUUGCUAAUAAGUUUGGGAACUAAGUUGGUUGAGGAGGCGAAAACAGGAUCUGUAAAGUUAUCAACUAGCUCCAACACACGUGUCACUAAAACCCUCACCUCGACCACCGCAACCACACAACAUUCAACCAGCUGUCCUGUGGGGGCCCAAGCUGCGGACUCCACAUGUGUGUCAUGCGGAGUUGGGCUGUACCUUGACGGUACAGCAUGUACAAAAUGCCCAGUUGGUCAGUACAGCGACAAGGCAGGUCAAGUCUCCUGCAAAUCGUGUAGUGAUAAUCUAACUACACUGUUCCCUGGUAGUUCCAGCAAAUCUGACUGUGUUUACAAGUGCACGGUACCGGAGCUUAGUAACGGAGUAUCAGUACCUGCUGUUGGCUUCUUCACCACCAACACUACCCUUAUAACUCUUAACUGUAACUCUGGGCACAACCCCGGAUACAAGGAACCCCUCAAAUACAUGUGCAACCAAACCUACUCCUGCUACCCACAAUGUCAGCUCCCUAACCUAGCAACAAAUCAGAGUUACCAUGACAACCACCUCGCGCCCGGAGUCCUGGUCUCGCACCUGCGUCUCUUCUCUGUCUCGUGUCUCGGAGUGAGGGACAGUGUGACUUGUAAGGCGGGGACUGUCCAGAUUCCUGACUGUAAACCUAGAGUUGAAGCAGUAGGAGCGGAGAAAGUGAAAUCCUCAACACCUGCUGAAAUAGAGUGUAACGUAUCAGCAGUGUUACAGACUGUUAAUAUUACUUGGUUCUCUGAAGGUCUGCAGAUCGCACAGGGUGCUGACUACUACACUAUAACAGAAAGUGAUUGGAACGAAACUAGUUACAAACAAAGCAGUUCCCUGCAAAUAGGAGUUUCUAAGACGGAUAAAGACAGGGAGUUUCAGUGCAAAGUUGUUGGAGGAGAUUUGAAUCUUUCUUUGGAUUUAAAAUUAGACGUGUUUGAUAUUACGGGUAAAGGAGACCGAGUAGACGCGGGUGACACAUCAACUCUCACCUGCACCAUCACGGGCUCCAGCUCCAUUCUCAACGUCACCUGGUCACGUGUUGGUGACGUCACGUUGCCAGGUGAUGUUACCACGUCAACCGGCACGUGGAGUGCGGGCACUCAGGUCGCUACUCUCGUGCAGAAAAACGCUCAGAGUAAUAGCACGUUUAGAUGUGGAGUCGAGGAUGGGGCAGGAAAGAAGCACUUUGUGAACAUCGGCCUUCAAGUGAUUCCUGAAGUGCCAGACAAGGGAGGAAGUCCACGUGGAACAGCUCCCAUAUUCUAUCUGCUCUUCAUCUCAGCACUCCUCUCACUAAUGUGAACAUGACAUGGCACAUGCAGUUUGAUAAUAUUAAAAGUGAACUGUUUUAUGAACUGCUUGUUUGCAUUUCUUUCCGUGACAUUGAUGCUGUUUCUCUCUGUUUGUCCACAGUGUGUGACACCAACUAAAUCCACGAAAUGCGUGAACCAAAACUAGUUACGAAUAACAGGUGUGCUACUGAUCCCGUUGAUACCUUUCCCGUUGAUACCUUUCCCGUUGAUAUGAAGUCUUUGUGUGGCUGAUACUAAUUUUAAUUUUUCGGCUACAUGUUUACAAAUUGCAAAACAGCACGAAAACUUAGUUUCGGCCACAUUUCGGCUGCAAACUUGUAGAUAAAAGAAAAAAUUACAUGAAUUUUACCUGAUAUGAUAGUGGUAUAAUAAACUGUAUGCAUUUUUACGAACCUUGUAGUUAUUCUGAUCAUUUGACUUUUUAACUUCUUAACUUAACAUG